AUGUGUAAUUAUUAUUUAACUGAAGUCAAAGCCAAAUUUGAUUCAACUAGUGGAUUAAAAUUUAAAAUUAAUGGAUUAAAUACGAUUACCAAUGAUAAUUCAGAUUAUAAUGAUUUAGAUUUAAAUGAUGACUUUUAUCAAAAACGUUAUUCUCGAGCAACUUUCGGUCAAUUAUCCACCAAACCAAAUUCCACUUUAUCAUUGGAUUCGACAAUUUAUGAUUUACCUCAACAACAUAUUAAUGAUUUAUUAUCC